AUGUAUGUCAAGCAGAUUAUCAUCCAAGGCUUCAAGAGCUACAAGGACCAAACGGUCAUUGAGCCCUUCUCACCAAAACACAAUGUCAUCGUUGGGCGUAAUGGUUCCGGCAAGAGUAACUUCUUUGCGGCUAUUCGUUUCGUUUUGAGCGAUGCCUACACUCACCUCGGCAGAGAAGAGCGCCAGGCUCUCCUUCAUGAAGGAUCUGGUUCGGCCGUAAUGUCGGCCUAUGUGGAGAUCAUCUUCGACAACUCCGAUGACAGAUUCCCUACCGGAAAGUCUGAGCUAGUCCUCCGUCGCACCAUUGGUCUCAAGAAGGACGAGUACACACUAGACCGCAAGAAUGCCACCAAGAACGAUGUGAUGAACCUCCUCGAGUCCGCCGGUUUUUCUCGCUCAAAUCCCUACUAUAUCGUUCCCCAGGGCCGCGUUACCGCGCUGACCAACAUGAAAGACUCUGAAAGGUUGGUCUUACUGAAGGAAGUAGCAGGUACACAGGUUUAUGAAGCUCGUCGCGCAGAGUCUCUCAAAAUUAUGCAUGAGACUAACAGUAGACGUGCCAAGAUUGAUGAGCUCUUAGAUUACAUCAACGAGCGCCUUGCCGAGUUAGAGGAAGAAAAAGACGAACUCAGAAACUACCAAGACAAAGACAAGGACCGCCGAUGUCUCGAAUACACUAUUUAUUCUCGCGAACAGCAAGAAAUUGGGAGCGUGCUUGAAAGCCUGGAGGAGCAACGUCAAAACGGCGUCGAGGAUGCGGAUGGUAAUCGCGAUCAGUUCAACGAUGGUGAAAAGACAAUGGCCCAGAUCGAUGCUGAAAUUGCGGAGUGCCGUCAGCAGAUAGAGUUUUUGAAGGUCGACAAGACUCAGCUAGAGGACGAGCGUCGUGAGGCUUCAAAGGCUUUGGCGCAGAUUGAACUUCAGGCAAAGUCAAUGUCAGACAACCAGGCCGCUGCACAGAUACUCAAGUCCCGCCAUGACAAUGACCUCAGCACUGUGCAGGAAGCCAUUCGUGAGCGCGAGGCGGAACUCCAGGAGAUUCUGCCUGCUUUCAAUGCUUCCAAAGACCAGGAGGAUGGCGUCAAGACUCAGCUGGCCGAGGGAGAGACUGUGCGCCAGCGUUUGUAUGCUAAGCAGGGCCGCAACUCGCGGUUCAAGAACAAAUCUGAGCGAGACAAGUGGCUCCAAAUGGAGGUUCGUGAGAGUACCCGGUCGGUUUCCACCGUUCAGAAUGUUGUGUCACAGACACAAGAGGACAUUGAAGAGCUGGAAAAAGAGAUUGGCUCGAUUGAACCCGAAAUAGAGCGACUGCGUCAGCAGAUUGAUGGAAGGGGCGAUACCAUGCAGUCCUUUGACGAACAGGUCCAGAAUGCCAAAGAAGAGAGAGAUCGCCUAAUGGACCAACGAAAGGAACUUUGGAGAGAAGAAGCGAAGCUUGAUUCCAUUCUCUCAAGCUCAUCUCAGGAGAUGGAACGCGCGGAGCGCACCCUGUCUCAUACUAUGGACAAUAAUACCAGCCGUGGACUCGCAGCCGUGCGAAGAAUUCAGCGCCAACUCAACCUCGAGGGUGUGUAUGGUACCCUAGCUGAGCUUUUUGAUGUCAGCGACAGAUAUCGUACGGCUGUUGAGGUGACAGCUGGACAGAGCCUGUUCCACUAUGUUGUGGAUAACGAUGAGACCGCGACCACGGUCUUGGAAUUGCUGCAGAAGGAGAAGGCUGGUCGUGUCACAUUCAUGCCUUUGAAUCGUCUUCGAUCAAAGCCCCUGAACAUGCCUCGCGCUAGCGAUGUGAUCCCUAUGAUCGACAAAUUGCAAUAUGACCCAGCGUAUGAGCGCGCCUUCCAGCAUGUCUUUGGAAAGACCAUCAUCUGCCCCAACCUGCAAGUUGCGUCCCAGUACGCCCGCAGCCACGGUGUUACUGCUAUCACUCCCGAGGGCGAUCGUUCUGACAAGCGCGGCGCUCUCACCGGUGGUUUCCACGAUUCGCGUCAGUCAAGACUGGAUGCUGUGAAGAACGUUACAAAAUGGAGAGACGAAUACGAAACCAAGAAGGUCCGUGGAACCGAGAUUAGAAAGGAACUGGAGAAACUAGACCAAUUGAUCACCAAGGCUGUCGGCGAGCUCCAAAAACUUGAGCAACAACGACAUCAGGUGCAGAACAGCAAUGGUCCUUUGCGACAGGAACUAAAGAGCAAGCGCGAGCUCCUCCAGAACAAGACUGACACUCUCGAGGCAAAACGCCGCGCUCUUCGCAAUGUUGAGUCCAACCUAGCGGCGCUGAAUGAUCAAAUUAGCGCCUUCCAAACCGAGUUGGCGUCUCCUUUCCAAAAGGCCCUCACAAGCGAUGAAGAAGCGCUCUUGGAGAGCUUGAGUGGAACUGUGCAGGACCUGCGUCGCCAGUACCAAGAGCUCUCGUCCAAACGAAGCGAGUUGGAGGCGCGCAAGUCAAUUCUUGAGGUGGAGCUACGCGAGAACCUUCACCCUCGCCUCGAGCAGCUGCUAAACAACGAUCUUGAUAUGGCCGAGGAGGAAGUUCAGGGAAGUUUGAAAGAGACCAAGCGCGAACAACAACGACUCAACAAAGCGCUGGAGAAGCUCAAUUCCCGUCUUAAUGAAGUCAACACUUCGAUUGAGGAGAUGAGUGCCCAAGUUAAUGAUCUCCAGCAGCGCAACGCUGAGACUCGCCGUGAGAUGGAGGACCUAGCUCGAUCCAUCGAGAAGCACCAGCGGCGCAUGGAGAAGAGCAUGCAGAAGAAGGCAGCUCUCACCAAACAGGCUGCCGAGUGUGCGGCCAACAUUCGUGAUCUGGGUGUCCUUCCUGACGAAGCAUUCACCAAGUACAAGAACACCGAUUCUAACGCCGUGGUCAAGCGACUGCACAAGGCCAAUGAGGCAUUGAAGAAGUACUCUCACGUCAACAAGAAGGCUUUUGAGCAGUACAACAACUUUACAAAGCAGCGCGAAACCCUGACUUCUCGUCGAGAAGAGCUCGAAGCGUCUCAGAAAUCCAUCGAUGACCUGAUCUCUGUUCUGGACCAGCGCAAGGACGAGGCAAUUGAGCGAACGUUCAAGCAGGUUUCCAAGGAGUUUCACAAUGUAUUUGAGAAGCUGGUCCCGGCUGGUCGUGGUCGUCUGAUCAUUCAACGGAAGACUGACCGCGCCGUGCGACCUGAGGACGAUGGCGAAUCUGAUGAUGAGGAUGCCCGAAAGAGCGUAGAGAACUACGUGGGUGUGGGUAUUAGUGUCAGCUUCAAUAGCAAGCACGAUGACCAACAACGUAUCCAGCAGCUGAGUGGCGGACAGAAGAGUCUUUGUGCCCUUGCUCUGGUCUUCGCCAUCCAGGCAUGUGACCCUGCCCCCUUCUAUCUCUUUGACGAGAUCGAUGCCAAUCUUGAUGCUCAAUACCGUACGGCUGUUGCGCAAAUGUUGCAGUCGAUCUCGGACUCGACCAACGGCCAGUUCAUCUGCACAACCUUCCGACCGGAGAUGUUGCAUGUGGCCGAGAAGUGUUAUGGUGUCAGUUUCCGACAGAAGGCCAGUACAAUCGAUGUUGUAUCGCGUGAGGAGGCAUUGAAGUUUGUGGAAGAGCAGAAGUCUUGA